ACGAUUGCAGUGCAAUGCGCUCCCUCGAGGUCAUUUCCUGAUCGUCCCAUAGUCGAAUUCGCCUCGAAAGUCGCACAAGUCUCCACCUUCGCCCCCUCCAUCUCCCUCUGCACCAUGUUGACGCGCAACAUUCCUCUGGCCUCGCGCUCCGCAGCGCGCAUCAGCCGCCGUCACUUUGCCGCUGCCUCGCCUUCGGCCAGCGCCAAGCGCGUGAAGGUCAACGGCCACGGACACGAGGCGCAGCAGAGCGGCCAGCUCAGCUACGUGCCCUCGGGCUCCGACGGACGCUUCUACAUCGAGCAGCUGAACGAGCACUGGCGCUCGGCGGUGGCAGGUCAGAACUUCAAGAAGGACGACGUGAUCGGCUCGGCCCCCGGCAACUUGUACUCGAAGCCGACGCGGUUCACGGUCCAGAUCACGCCCGACAAGCACAUGGACUUCACGGGCGGACUCGAGUUUGUCAACCACAGCUGCAACCCCAACACGCGCAUCGACAUGUCCGAGAGCGAGGCGAUGGUGUCGUUCGUGGCGAUCAAGCCCAUUGAGAAGGGCGAACACUUGACGUUCGACUACUCGACGAGCGAGUGGGACAUGGACGAGAAGUUCGACUGCGGGUGCGGUGCGCCCAACUGCCGCGGACACAUUGGCGGCGCCAAGUACCUCAACGACGACGAAGUGAACGCGAGACUGCCCUACUUCACUCCCAGCGUGCUGCGUCAGCUGCUCGACCGCAAGCUCACCAACUAAUUUUUAACCG